UAGUUAUAGCUCUGCUUCUUUCGUUUCAUCUUAGUCAAGUCAUAAUUUGAGGCAAUGUCAUGCACUCAUGUCUCCAUACUUAGCUUAAUGCAAUUUGUUAACUCUUGUGCAUUCAAGUAGUGUCUUUUCACUGAGGUUUGUAAAUUGUAACUGCAAAUUAAAACUGGAGAUAUUAUAUACCAGUCUUACUUCUGAUUUAUUUUUACACUUAAUUUUGGGUGUCUGUUUGAGUUCAGGCCAGAUACGAGGCAUAUAUUCAUGGAUGUAGGGCUCGGCUUUUAUGUGGAGUUUACCCGGUGAGAAGUUCUUGACUAUAUUCCAGAAAGGGAGGAAAGAAUUAUAAAAUCAAAAAAGGGCGCAUCAAGCUGUUAAGUUCUUGGUUGGGAGUAUUUAUGAGGUUUAAUAAGAAGCUCAUCACCAGAUUCAGCAAAUACUAAAUCUUCCAGACGAGAAUCCAUCAUCAUACAUGCAACGUGCGUUUCGAUGGUUUUGCAAGCCCCUGCUUUGUCUUUCUUUAUAUAUUUAAAUCCUUUCGAUACACGAGAUGUUGUAGUGAAUGCGACUCAUCGAGCGCGUAUACUUGUUUCAAAUAUACUGACAGUCUCCACCUUUUCUUAAGAGGGAGAUCAUUAACAGUUUAAUUCAACCAAUCAGAAUCGAGUUAAGUAUUUAACAGAAAUGCCACAUCAGCAAUUCAAUAUGUGUCACCUUUGGCGCUGCUCUUUCUUCUCUACUACGGUUGAAACCUAACUCAAUCCGGAGAAUCCCCACAUUUCUCUGCCGUUGGCUUAUUCCUCGACUCUGUUGUAGUCUCAGAGAGAGAGAGAGAGAGAGAGCUGUGAUGGAUCCAGCACAGAACACAAGCGCAGCAGAGAUUGGUGGGAGCAAUGGUACUGCAACUGUGUCUGAGGAUGAUUCAAAGGAGAGCCUGGACCAAGUCAUCAACUCUAUUGACAAUAUCAACUCUAUUGACAAGAGUUUGGUCGUCCUUCAUCAGUUACACCUUUCACUCUCUUCUUCUCAGCUUCAUCUCCUCCCCCGCCUCAACUCUCUUGUGUCGGAGCUGAAUAGCAUGUCUAAUUUGUCCGAGAAAUGCAACAUUCAAAUCCCAGUGGAGGUUCUUAGCUUGAUUGAUGAUGGGAAGAACCCCGAUGAGUUUACAAGGGAUGUUCUUAAUAGCUGCAUUUCCAGAAAUCAAGUCACAAAGGGAAAGACUGAUGCUUUCAAGGAAUUGGGAAAACAUAUUCUGGAGGAGCUUGAGGAGACAUUUCCUGAUGAAGUUGACAAGUAUAGAGAAAUCCGUGCUACUUCUGCUGCUGCUGAAGCCAAACGGCUGCAAAGUGUGUUAACAAAUGGGGAUGCCAAGGUCAAGAGCGAGCUAUAAUAAGAGCCCAAUUUUGCCCUGUAGAAUAAUGUUUCUUGAGUAGAUGAAUAGGGAUGUAAACGAACAAGAAGACCAUUGCAAUUUAUAUACUAUUUGUUUGUCUGUUGUCAA